AAAACAAUAGGUAGGAUGACAAACAUAGCAGGAUGAUUGUUAAACACAAUAUCAAAUUUCAGUUUUAACGUAUUACCACUAAUCACUAAUGUCAUAUUAAUAGUGCAUAAUAUUGUACAUUUUGCAAGGCAAAUUUAAAUGAAAAAUAAUUUUUUGAUAUGGAAAAAAAAUAUAUUAUUGACAUCAAAGUUAUGGGCUUAGAAAAAAUAAAGAAGGAUAAAAUUUCUGGCAAGAGAAAUGAAUUUAUUUUGCAGUUAAAGUGGAGUGACAAUACUAUUGCAGUGAUUUAUCGACCACAUAGCAUGCUGUUUGAUUUUCAGGCAAUCUUAGUUGAAAUGUUUAAAUCUUAUCGAAUUCCAACUAUGCCAUUUAUGAAGUUUCAUUGGGGAAUUUUGAAAAAAAUUGGCAUAGAAAAAGAUUGUAAGGCUGUUGAAGACUUUUGUAUGAAAAUUAUCCAAUUACCAGAUGAGGUUUCCAAGUCAUCCUUGGUUUUUCAUUUUUUUGAUUUAUGGGGCACUGAUAAACGAACAAAUGUUGAUCGAAAUGUAGAUAAAUCCUCUGGUACCAAUGAUAAGAAGCAAAAAGCACAAGAUGAGCAAUACAAAGUUGUAGAAGACUUUCUAGGGACAGGUCUUGGUGAAGUCUCUUUAGUUGCUGGAGAAUUAGUGACAGUCAUGGAAAAAGAUGAUAGAGGUUGGUGGUUUGUUGCAUGCAAUUCUGGAAAACAGGGGUGGGCACCAGCAACUCGUUUAGAGUCUUUAAAACAUAAAAAUAAAGAGUUUUCUUACAACUGGGUUUCCGUUAUUAAUGAUAAAGGAAAAGGUCUAAUAUAUAAAUCAAUCAGUGCUUACAACAGUCAAAAUGAAGAAGAGCUGUCAAUUUCUGCUGAUGAAGAAGUAGAAGUUCUUGAAAAAAGUCAAUAUGGUUGGUGGAAAAUCAGGUAUCAAGGAAGAGUUGGAUUGGCUCCUGCAACUAACCUAAGAUGUCUUGAUGAAGAUUUCUUUAUGUCAGAUGAUAAACUAAAGAGGGUAUGCUCAAUAUCAAGUGAAAAUGGGUUGUAUGCUAUCAUUCGAAAACCUCCGCCAAAAAGGGAUUCUCAAUGCAGCCAUAUUUCAUCAUCAUCUUUUAAAAUUAAUCAAUCAGAAAAAAAUAGUUCACUGGCAGAUAAACCAUCAAAAUAUGUUUACAGCAAAGCUUCAUUUUCUGGUGGAAGUUUUGUUAUUCAAGAUCAUCAGAUCAAUACUAUUCCAGAAAUAGAUUUUGAUAUCAGACGAGCAAGUGAUGGAAAUGUAGUUGGCCAAAAAAAUACAGCAAAUGAUGAAUCUUUAUCGUACCAGUGUUUGACAAAAGGCCAUAAAUCAUUUCGAAGCAAAUCCACAGGUGAUGCUAUGGAUGGGAUUUUCUUGAAUGACCAACAGAAUAUGUUACCCACAAACAAAUACGUUAAUCAAACAAAGCCAACCAAACCUGGUACAAGUGGGGAAACAGAAUUCUACAUAGCUUUGCUCGAUUACACUCCUGGCCAUCAUAAAAAUGAUGACCUUUUACUACGUAAGGGCGAUAUUGUGCAGCUCAUUUCCGCCGAUUCAGGCUGGAUGUUUGUUAUGUUAAUUGAACAAGAGAAUAUCAAUAACACAGGAAAACAAGGUUGGGUCCCAGAAACAUACUUGCAGAGAAAUUUUGAUUUUGUUAUUGACGCUCAACGCGUUUGUGACAUUCCAAAGCCAAGACCUCGUCCACGUCCCAGUCCUCGUCCACUUGAUCAGCCAAAAGCCUCUAAAAUCUUAGAUCCUAAUGAUCGUGAAACUCCAAAAGAAACUACUAAACAUCCUUCUCAUACAUCAUCUGAACCUAAGCUACUCUCUAUGCGCUAUAUAUCAUCUGAUCAAAAUAAUCCAAAUAAUAAAACAGAUCUUUCAUCUCGAGUUCAAAUGCCAGCUCCGUUGCUUAAUGACAUCUGCAAUGUUCGUAAGUAUGACGAAGAUUUGUACGAUAAACCUGAAAUGCCUCUUCGAUCAGUAUAUGAUUCCGAACCUUGGUUUUUCGGGAAUAUAUCAAGAGCAGAUUGUGAGCGCAUUUUAAGCACGUACGGUCGCCAACAAGAAUUUUUAGUUAGAGAAAGUCAGCGUGCUCCUGGUUCAUACGCACUUUCGGUGAAAUAUUGUUAUAGGAUACGCCAUUUUCCUAUUGAAUUGCAGAAUAACCAACUGUUCAUUGGUAAACUAGGCUUUACCAACUUGAUGGACAUUAUUUCGUAUUAUCAGAAAAGUCCGUUGUUUUAUUCAGAGCAUAAAGAACCCAUAACUCUUGGCGCAUGUUUUUCAAAAGAUAAUGUUCCCAAAUAAUUUUAGAUGCAAUUUUUCAAAAUGACCAUAGAGAAAUCUAAACAUUGAGUACAAUUGAAGUAAUGUUUCAAAAUUAAAAUCUAAGUUAUCUUGGAAUGACGUAGGUAGCUUUACAAAAUUACAAUAUGUAAAAUGCAAAUGAAAUUGUUGAUUUUCGCGACAAGUCUUUGCAAAUAAUAUAAACUCAAUUUUGAAUUAUUGAGUUUUUAAAACUUUUUUUUUUUUUUAUUUUCACUUUUUUUUUCAAAUGUUGAUAUAGAUCUUUAACUAUAUUUUUCUUUAAAAAUAUUUUUCAAAUAUUUUUUUAUUUGUAUUUUUUUAUUAUUUUAUGCAACUCUUAGUCCAACAGAAAAGGUUAUUGCAAAGAGCACUUGCUCUCUUUAUUGUAAAGGACACUUGGUACUAUAAGAAUAUUGUUUUUUAAAAUUUUUGGUAAAGUAUUUUAUACAACAUGUGCUCUAUUAUAAUUAUAAUUUAAGGUAAUGCUUAAAAACAAUUAUAGCAAGAUUCUAGCACAGGUGUAAGGCGCGAUUUCUUUAGUAUUUAAAUUAAAUAACUACCAUGUAAGUUCUGAACUACAAGCUUUUGUAUAUUUAUACUUAUGUCAUAUGUUGAUAUUUUGCUGAAAAUUGAUUUGAUUAUAGUCUGGAAAUGAAAAUGCCCUAAAAAGUAGGUUAUAAGUUUUUCAAAAUAUAAGUUCUAAUAUCUUAAACUUAAUAAAAAUUUUAUCACGACUACACCCGUUAACUAGAGUCUUAAAGAAAGCUAUAAAGAGUGUUUUAAGCUGAAUUGUUUUGAUGUGAAUGUAUAAGUUUAGUUGUUUAAAAAGUACUCUUUUUUUA